GUGUUCACCGUCAACAAUAGUGACUAACCAUCUUCGUUCAUAGUAGGUAGUAUAGUUGAUUAAACGGAGUAUGUAAUCGAGCUUGAUGGACGAAUGGAAAAAUGAAAGAAUAUUCAUAUCAACAAGGUCAUAGGCGAUUGAUAUUGAUCGUAUGAUUCUGUUACAUCUAUUCAUAGUAACUAGAUUAAUCAUGGUUUCAAAUUUUAUAGCCAAGCCAUUAAUGACUAGAUUUCCUACACUGACAAUCUCAAUAAUCACCUUUAUAAAUUACCAGUACAUUACGAUCAUCAGGCCUUAGGAAGAAAAAUUAAAAAUAACAGGAUGGCGGCGUGGAUCAAUGUCAUCGGCGGCGAGUGGCGGAGGACGUGGAGGAGCUGGUGGCGGGAUACAGCUUCACAAAUCUUAGCAAAUAUCUUCCACACCCUCUUUGUUCCUCUCUCAUUCCUCCUCCUGGCCAGGCUUUCAACGGCCCGGUCUAAUUUCAAAGAUUUCUACGUCGGCUCCGGUCAAAUCGACGGUGUCCUCCUUUAUUUCUUUUCCCUCUACUUAUUAAACUCAAUCCUUCUUUAUUUGCUUCUCUUCCUCCUUUCCGUCGCCGCCUUUAUCCACACCCUCACCGGCGGUCGAGUGAACUUGAUACAUCUACUCCUAUGCCGAGGGAACGAUUCCGGCGACAGCUGCCACCACCGCCUUCGUCUUCCUCGUGUACUUAUUCUUUCCGGCUUGCUAUUAUUGGCUGAAAUAAGCAUCGAAUUUAAUCAGCCGCCGUUGCCUCCCUUGUCUGGAUACCAUCGCCGGAGCGGCUGUGCCGGAGGAUGGUUAUUCGCGCUAGGGUUGUACGAGACGAUGAUAUACUGGUUGGAGAGCGUGGUGAAAGUCGUAAUAAAAGAUGAGGCGAUAAUUGCCUUGUUUGAUGAGGACGAGCUGAUGAAGAAGAGAAGAAGGCGGAUGGUUACGGCGGAGAGGAUUGGUUCGGGGCUGAGCUUUGGCGGUUUGUGGUGGUGGAGAUUGAGAGACCAAGUCGAUUACCUCCGGCUGGCAGCGGAGGAGGAGGACGGCCACAGUGUCGUCUUCCGUAGCGUGGCUCUCUUUGUCAGUCUUGGAUUGUAUUACUUGCUUCUCAUCACCGGAGCUAUCAGAUGUUUCGCCGGAGUUACCGGUAUGAUGCAAUUAGUAAUCAGGAGGUGGACGCCGAUUGGGAGGAAACAGAUUCCGCGGCCACCGUGGACGGCUGAGGAGACCGUCUAGAAAAAGGGGAGGAACAUUUAUGUCCAAAGGAAUUACAGGAUGGAAAUCCUACAACGCGCGAUCACUCAGCAAAUUUUUUUUACUAUUUUCAUUUUGUAUCAUUUAUUUUAGAAGAACAAAUUUACCUAAUUACUUCAUUUUUAAAAUGAUUUUUUAUGGAACACUAAAAAAUUCUCUUGAUUUAAUAGUGGUAAGAAAAUACCAAAAGAACCAAGAAAUCGAGGUGGUUAGAGCUUGUGUACUUUUUCUUGAACAAAGUUGGGAGGAAAAAAAUUACUCAUCCAUUCUAGAAACUUAAUCUAGUUUGUAAAUACAACAACAACAAGUUUUUUUUCCACUAGGUGGAGUCAGCUAUAUGGAUCAUAUAUCGCCAUUGUACUCGAUCGUUACAUAAAUCAUCUCUCAAAUUUAAAUAUUUCAA